AUUUAUGACGGCAACCUCCCGGAACGGCGAGCUGUCGAGUGUCAAACCCUCGUUCUCUCUCUCUCACACACACAAACGCAGCUAUGAGCUUGUCACUUUUACAGGGCUAUUCAUCCCCCGAGGAGGAAGAAGAUGAACAAAGAUAUCUCAAUUCCUCCGACGACGACGAAGAAGAUGAACGCCGGAACCAGGAUAUUUCUGGUGACCGUACAACCAGCAACAAUUUAAAAAAGCCCUUGUUCGAUCCACCGAAUCCCUCAGCCUCUUCUUCUCUUCCUUCGGCAUUGGUUGCUUUUUCUGAAAUUUCAGGACCUCCACAGUUUUUGAACAACACAGUUGGCGACUCAGCAGAAAAAGAUACCGAUGUGCAGCUGUGGCGGCAUGGUCGCCGGAGAAACCGCAGAGACAAAAAUGAUAUGCCUGAAGGUGCUGUAAUGCAGGCUAAAGCUCAAUUAGUUGGAAUCCGGGAGAGAGUAAGCAGUGAUGCUGGAAACAAUACUCAAUCCAAGGUUUCUUCAACUGGAGGAUCAGCAAAACGUGUGGCAACUGCCACUAAUCCAACUGCAGAAGAUGCUGCCGACCUUUUAAGGAUGUGUGUGAAGUGUGGGAUACCCAAGACAUUUUCUAAUGCACGGGGGAUGGUAUGCCCUGUGUGUGGUGAUCGUCCUGUUGCAGACACAAACACGGAUGAAGCAUCCAAGAAGAAAGGGUCUAUGAUUAAAGAUAAGGAAAAGAAUAAGCGUAUGAAAGGCCAAUCAUCACAUGCCACAUGGAAAAGUGAAACGGAGAUGCACCUUCGACAGCAAUUUGAUUGAUUAACAACACAUUUCUCUAUAAAGGAACCAUGUAUUUUUUAUCAGAUUAUAACUUGUUUAACCUUUUUAUAUAAGGAGUUUGUUGC